AUUGGCUGGGCAAGCGUAAACUGCUCACAAAAUGUGUCUCCCCGAAUUCAUACGCACAAAAAUACACCUCUUUAGACAACGCCAGGCACUGUUUCUCCCCCAAUAAUGCCAAUCUCGUUUGUAUUUCUACAUGGGAUGAGGUGAAAAUUGCCAAAAUUGUUGCUGAGCAAACAUAAUGACAAGGCUCAGCGAGGAAAAAGUAGCCAAUCAAAAUGAGCGUAAAAUAGUACAGCGCAGCUUGAGUGAAAAGUCAUGGAACGUGCAACGUGCAAUGCAAAGGUGCAGUACGGGAAAACUGCAAAACUUUCAUCAUCUACGCGUAAACAGCAAGUGCGCCAGCGCUAGUACAGUGCAUAUCGCGCACAUGUUGACGAUUGCAUUGAGUUUGUGCACGGUUGGGCCAUAAUCGAACGCCGUAGCAUGACACAGAAAAACGGCCCAGGAAUGUACAAAGUUGAGCCAUACUACGACUUUAAUCGCAUCCCUGUCGAGCUUCCCACAUGCAUGUUUAAAAUGGCAAGCUACCUCGAGAAUUCAGAGAAUAAUCAGGAGGACCCCAAACUCAUCGAGCUGGAACGUCGUCAGGAACACAUCCUACAAGAGCUGAAGUCACUGGAGAAUGAAGUAUCUACCCUGGCCAGCAAACUCAAACCAUCAGCUGAUGUCAUUGUUACAAGGCAGAAAGACACAGCCUUGGGAAGUGUAAUCCAUGAUAUUGUGAUCUACGCCAACCCAGCCCAGCCCCUUCUCUCACUUGGCGUGUUGUACGAGAUGCUGAAAGUGAACUACAGGUGUCGAUCCUCUGUUCACAUACACUCGUCGGUGAAGUCCCUGCCGGACCGACUGUGGAGCUGUUUUAGCAACGGGGUGGAGCUCAGCCGGGGCGAGGCCCAAAUAUCACUGACGCUGAUCUGGAAAGAUGUCUCCCACGGACCCAUCAUGAUGGUUGCAGCACCUUCGCAGUCCCCGAUCCACGGAGAGGCCAACAUUGCCCGCUACGUGGCCCGCCUCCUCAACCCGGGCUACGACGCGACGGACCCCGUCCGCGCCACCACGGUCGACCACUGGCUGGAUCUGGCCACCAGCUCGCUUGUCAACGGUAGCUCCAAGGAAAAGGCCGCCGGCGUGCGCGCGCUCAACUCCAGACUGGGCAGAUGCGAGUGGCUGGCGGGGCCGUCGAUAUCCGUGGCCGACGUCGUCUGUUGGAGUGCCCUGCACGGUGCAGGGCAGGCAGCGGGUGCACCAGCUAACGUACAGAAGUGGCUGAAGGCCUGUGCCGGCCACAGUUUAUUCACGAUGGCAUCAGGACUUGUAACUGCAUAACUUUUGUAGUCAUUCAUGCAUGCAGAACUGUUGCUGAAUUCUUUGCCCAUGAAAACAUAGGAAUAUACACAAUAUUUUAACCAAGUUUGUGUUCUCUCUUUAUCCCCUUUAUUUUUGUUAUAAAAUGUUGCGAACUCGUGUGUAAUAUCUUUACCUUUCGAACUGGUUGGCCUGUUUCCUUGCUCUAUGGCAGAAAAUUGAUAAUAAGAUCCAAAGUGAAGAAAAAUCAUGACUAUCAUGACGACUGAACCCUGCUGUUAUGAAAUUUGACCAAAGUCGUGAGCAAGUCACUCACAAGUCAAGUUACAAGUUAUCGAAAUGAACUUUGGUUAGGCAUUCCUUUGUCAUUUGUCACCCUCGGUUACAUGUGACAUGCCUGGUGAUUUGACUAGUGACAGAGUUGGUUACAAAUCUCAAGUUGACAUCUCUUAUUGUAUUAUCUUUAUUUCCAAACCUGUUUUUAAGAAUACAUUGCAUAAAGGAACACUGCUCUCGCUAAAUAUUAUUGAUCAAGUGCCUGUUUCUUUUGUUUUUCUCUUGUCAGUUUGUAGCAACACAGAUGUUUGACCUUUGACACACAAUAUGCAGUUGUGAUGAGACUUGGUGGAACAUUGUCUGCAUUCAAUCAGGAAUUUCAACCAAUAAAUUCACCAUUUGUUCAUCUCACAACAGACAUUAAGCAUUGUUUUUACAGUAGGUGCUGAUGCUCUACUUAAUGAGGAAUGUUUUCAAUGUUCUCAAUAAUGAAUUUUCUGUAUCAUGUUGAAAAUAAACUUUUCAGAAGUUGAAUUUUAA